GUGAUUCUCGGUGUGGUCGGACACUUAACACUAAACGUAAUAAUCCUAUAUUUACUAUAGCGUCUAGUAGAGGAGAGAAAAAAACAACGCUUGUUUUACUAGAUAAGCAUAUGUAAACAUCCACCGUAUCUCCCGUAAAAGUAGACUAACUGUAGACACGGGCAUCGCGUCGUGUUGUGACACUUGAGUGAAGUAAGGUGAAUCAGGCGGAACUGUCAACAUGGUUGCAAUCGAUUUGUUUACAGCGAUCGCCAUCGGUGCUAUCAUUUUGCUGUGCUACCAUUACAUAGCUCGAAACUAUCUCUAUUUCCUAUCAAAACCGGUACCAUGUCCAAAACCAACGUUCCUGCCGGGAAAUUUUGUCUACGCAAUGUUUCGACCAAAGGAUAUUGUAUCCAAUCUGGAUACUUUGUACAACGCGUUCCCCGAUGCUAAAAUUUCAGGAUUCCACAACUUCGUUGGUCCGGUGUACCUUUUACGCGAUCCGGAGAUGAUAGGGAAAAUAUUUGUACAGGAUUUUGAAUUUUUUACCGAUCGAACUCCGGUGCUACCGAUUGAUCAAAACAACGAUUACAGUUUAUUCGUUAAUUCGCUGUUCGCGAUGCGUGGUCAAAAGUGGCGCGAUAUGCGUGCCACGCUAAGUCCGGCCUUUACCGGAAGUAAGAUGAGACAGAUGUUCAAGCUGGUGACUGCGACGGCACAAUCGUUGACUGCAUUUUUAGCUGCAGAAGCUCGUAAAGGGGUAAAGCUAGAGUACGAAAUGAAGGACAUGUUUUCCCGAUUUGCGAAUGAUGUCAUCGCUACGGUUGCUUUCGGAAUCGAAAUGGACUCUGUGAAGAAUCGUGAUAACGAGUUCUAUCUGGCUGGUAGAAAGUUGGUCGAUAUCUUUUCGUUUUCGGUUAUAAUCAAAUUAUUUAUCGUACAUUUGCUACCCUCACUGGCUAACAAGUUGAAAAUUGAUUUGUUUGAUACAAAACUAACGGAAUAUUUCAAGUCCAUCAUCGAGGACAACAUGAGGCAAAGGAAGGCUCAGGGAAUUGUGCGUAACGAUAUGAUUCACAUGCUAAUGGAAGUUCGUCGUGGUACUUUGAAACACCUACAGGAAGAGAUGGACUCAAAGGAUGCCGGUUUUGCAACGGUUCAAGAAUCCAGUGUAGGAAAAUCUUCACACUCUCGGGUCUGGUCGGAGAAUGAGCUGAUCGCUCAGUGUUUCCUGUUUUUCUUCGCUGGCUUUGAAACAAUCUCUACUUGUAUGACAUUUUUAUCCUAUGAGAUAUUGGCAAAUCCAGAGGUUCAACAGCGUUUGUUCGAGGGAAUUUCUAAAACGGAUAAAUCGCUUAGCGGGACACCAUUGACGUACGAAGCAUUGCAGAAAAUGACGUACAUGGACAUGGUGGUUUCGGAGGCACUUCGCAAGUGGCCUGCGAAUUUGCACAUUGAACGAUACUGCAAUAAGGAUUAUCUGUACGACGACGGAGCUGGCAUGCGAUUCGUUAUUGAGAAAGGACGAUCCAUUCUCGUUCCAGCUGUUUCAAUUCAGCGGGAUCCAAAGUAUUAUCCGAACCCGGAACGGUUUGAUCCGGAGCGUUUUAGUGAGGAAAACCGGUCCAGUAUUAAUCCUGCUACGUAUCUGCCUUUCGGCGUAGGUCCACGAAACUGCAUUGGAUCACGAUUGGCCUUGAUGGAGGUCAAAGUGAUGAUGUAUUACCUUCUGAAGGAUUUCAGUUUGCAGCCGACCGAGAAAACACAGAUACCGAUUCAGCUUUCUAGAAAGGGAUUUAGCUUGCAAUCGGAAAAGGGCGUUUGGUUGGAGAUGCAACCAAGAGGUCAUUGAAUAUUUCUAGUUCCAGCUUGUUUGGGAAUAAAAUACAAAACGCUAUUUUAUGUCUUGCUGGCUUGUGUUAAUCUAGUCGAGUAAAUGUUUAAAGGUCUGUUCAUAAGCGAGCUUCAUGGGAAAAUUGCAAUACAUGUUUCGAGCACUCUUCAAGUUCAAACCUACGCAAUCAAUAAAAGCGUAACGGUAAACACUUCAAAAUCCAAAGUUUGGAUUAUAGUUAUCGACCUGGUU